AUUACCAAAGCAUUUCUCAAAAAAGAACAAUGAAACAAGAAGCUUCGUUCCAUGGCCAAAGUCAUCCAUGAAGCCACCGCAAAAAAUGACACACCUUAGCCGGAAAGUUGUUCGCUUCAACAUUAAGUUGAGUUUACUCGAAAGGGUAUCCAUUUUUCGAAGAUUUUUCAGGUUUAUUUGGGAUAGAAUCCUUGUUUGUUCCAUGGGGAGGCCUGUGCAGUACAGGAGAUUGACCCCCUGCCCUGCUUCUUCUCCGGAACCGGAGGCCGAGGAGGCCGGUUGCCAACCGGUGGAACUCACUGCGACGUGUGGUGGGUGCGAGACGGAUUCUGAUUUGGUCCCUCUGAAGAUCAGUUUAUUGGGGGAUUGUCAAAUUGGGAAAACAAGCUUUGUGAUUAAGUAUGUGGGGGAUGAGCAAGAAAGAAGCUUGCAGAUGAAUGGAUUAAGUUUAGUAAAAAAAACAUUAUUUGUUCAAGGUGCUCGAAUUUCUUUCAGCAUAUGGGAUGUGACAGCAGCUCGGUGGAUCAUGUUCCUAUUGCUUGCAAAGAUGCAGUGGCAAUUUUGUUUAUGUUUGAUCUUACCAGUCGGUGUACCCUCAAUAGUGUUGUUGGGUGGUACACUCAAGCCAGAAAGUGGAAUCAGACGGCGAUUCCAAUACUAAUAGGGACCAAAUUUGAUGAUUUCGUAAGAUUACCCCCAGAUCUGCAGUGGACUAUUGUGACUCAGGUAUGGCAUUUCUACUUUAGGAACAGUUUCAUCACCUAAUUAAAUAUUAUCAUGGCCGUCUCUCUGGCCCUUCUGAAAUUAAGCAGAAUUGGUGAUGUCUCUAUUUGCCAUUAGAAAGCAAGAAAAUGACACAGAAAAAUGCUGCACAAAUUAUGGAAUUAAUGUGUUUGAUACGAUAACUUAAUGCAUUUAAUUUUCCUUAGUAGCGUGGGAGAAUGAAAAUUGUUCCUGUAGAAGACCGGGAGUGACUCAGGGGAUCUCCUAUGCCAAGGCAAAUUUGACGUUUUUGACACUUUCUUCAUGGAUCUAAUUUCUUUCUCUUUGCGCGUUUUAGAGAUAAGUCUUAGGGGCCACAUGUUGAUUAAAGUUGCAUUUUGGGUUACAGAAGGACAAUCACUAAUUACUUUAGACAAAGAAAGUUUUCUUUAUACAGAAGAGAAUAUAAUGACAUGAGUUAGCUUUGUUAAUCACAAAUUUCAUGUUCCUAAUCAGGCACGAGCAUACGCAAGGGCGAUGAAAGCGACCCUUUUCUUCUCAAGUGCUACACAUAACAUAAAUGUGAACAAGAUCUUCAAGUUCAUCAUGGCCAAGCUCUUUAACUUGCCCUGGACCAUAGAGAGGAACCUGACCAUUGGAGAGCCAAUUAUUGACUUCUGAACUCUGUUUUUCAAUCUCUGAUUUUCAUGUACAUAGCCUUAAAGAUAACAUAAAGAAAAAGAGGUAAAGAAAAAAGAAUGCUCAGUGCUGGCAAAGUAAUGACUCUCAAAGACCAUCACUGGUUGUUUGGUUCUUUUACUCCUCUUUUUCUUCUUCUCCUUCAUUUUCUUUUUUCAAAAAAAAAGAAAAUUUCUUAUUAUAGUUUAUUCUGAAUUUGAAGGUAGCUAAUGUGUAAGGUUUUUUCAAGGGAAUGAGAAAUAAUAAAAUUAGAUCUUC